AUGCAUUCUGUACGAACACCGGUACCCUAGACAUCCGUCAGUACCGCAGUAGGUGUUGGGAGGCAUUUGAAAAGUGUGAAAUGGCAUGAGACGAUGAAAUCAGUAACGUUGUACUGUUGGUGGCUUUAUUAUAACUAUUAAGAAGCAAAGAAUGAGGUAGUACUUUUUGUUGCAGGUAUGCACCAAAGAAGAAACGGGCUUUAGAUUUCAAAAUAUACAAAUUGCACAAAAAAUAUGACUUGAUUGAUUUUUGAACAUAAUGAAAUCAAUAUAGAGUUACGAAAGGGGAACGCCACAACUCUCCAUCAGAAAACGCCAUAUAAUAGCAUAAAUGUGCAUGUACAGUUAACAAUUUGUCCUGGUCGUAAUUUUCCUUUCUCUCUGGAAGCAUGGCUUCAGGAAAUAUAACGGCUCAUCCAAAAAUUGCCACAACGUUUCCUUUGCAAGAGGAAAUUGAGAACGGAAGGAACAGACACGUUGUCAGGUGCCAACGAUGCCCGUCGAAGAUUCUGAAUCCAGGAAUGGGUGUCUACAAGCAGGUUGAGUUCCCGUUGCCCCACAUGAAGCAGAAAUCGGAAGUGCCGAGUAACCCUGAAGAAGAAGUGAUAAAGGACUACUGGGUUGUUGAAGAUAUGUAUUCAUUUGAAAAUGUGGGAUUCUCAAAUACAGUUUCUGGCGUCAAGUACUUGGCGUGUGCUGACUGCGAAGUGGGCCCUAUUGGUUGGUACGACAUUGCAGCACGCACCAGCUACGUAGCACUUUCACGUGUGUUACAUGGCAAUAUCUCUGGCAACAUCUAGUGCAUAUCAGUUAUAUUUUUUAUGUCUGCUGGUGCACUCUGGUCUAUGCAGUCCAUUUAGUUUUUUGCAACAAUAUGCCAGGCACCAUUCUGUGUCUUCCUUCUUGUUAUUUCUUUCAUUGUAAUAGCAGGUGCAUACUCUGAGAAAAUGUUAAUCAUUCUCUCUCUUCAGUGAACUUCAUAGCCUGUUACUUAUUAAAUGUAUUGUGCAAAAUACAGGUUUAUACUUUCAUUAGAAUACAGUUUUGGUUCACAUAUCAGCUACCACAGACUGCACAAAUGUGUGAGGUUUUUUGUGAUAGUUUCUAUGGAAACCGUUAAUUGUGUGUCAUGUAUUGUGUAUAAGUUCUGUCAGUAUCAUUUGGUGCUUCCAGACAUAGAAGUUUCAUUUCACUCUAGAGGAAGUAGUGGCAACAGAGAUUGAGUUUGAGACAUGAAAUUUUCCAAAGUUUGAGCUGUAAUUUCUAUUGUAAGAUAAGGUUAACUUGUGUAAGACAUUGUGGGCAUGUGAAAUGUAAACAGACUGAUCUAAUACAUUAACCUGUUGACUGCUUGAGUUA